AUGUCGUCCUUGAAAGAUGCGCCAAGCCUCAGCCAAACGUCACGCAAGGGCUUCUCAUUCGCUGCCAUAAAUUACGAUGACGACUACAUCGACUCAGUGGAAACGGCGGAGGAAACGCACCACGCCUCCAAGUUCACCAGUCGCUCGAAGAAAACCAAGACUCGCGACUCGAAAAAGUCAAAGAAAAAAGGAGCGGCACCUGUUUCUGAGGUGGACGAGCCCGUUUCCUCCUCGUCAUCUGUGAAGAAGACAUCCGGCAGCAAAGCUGUCGCCAUGCCGGACAAUCAAGGCGAGGACUACGCCGACGACUUCGAAAAUCCAGUGGACAGCGACGACUACAUCCCUUCCGUCGGCACAUCGCCACCCACGGCAGCCCUGAGCCCGGUCGCCAAGCCGAAGGCACUUAUGACUGACGUAGAAGCAGAGGAGAAGCGACUGUACGCUACGGUGCAGGAGCAGCUGCGCCUGGAGAAGGAAGAGGUGAUGCAGCGCAUCGCCAGGUGGGAGGCUGACCAGGCGCAAAAGGCAGAGGAAAUGCGGCAGCGCGAGGAAGAGCUCAAGCAGCAACUGGCCACGCAGAAGCAACGGGAGCAAGAGAUGAAGCAGCGUCUCAGCGACCUUGUGGAACAACAGGUUUCUCAACACGUGGCAGCCGCAAGCACAGCAGGAAAGGCUACCGCGGCACCCACGAAUACGGCUGCACACCGUGCGGCCGCGACGGCGGUCGAGUAUGCGGAAAUCGAGGAUGUGGAUGAACCAGGGACUGGUGUUUCUAGAGCGGAGCUACAGCGCCGCCGUCGCCGCGAACACGAGCGUGCCGUCAGCCUGCGCCGCGCUGAGGAGGAGGAGGCGGCGCACGCGCUCUUUCAACGACUCGCGCAAGAUGUACGUGAGGUGUUUCACGAGCUGAACCUCUCCGUCGUUGCGGCUGAGAAAGAGCGCCUCAUCAAGGAUGAGCGCUAUCGCCGCGAGCGAGAGCUACGUGACCGACGCGAGGAUAUGGCACGCUCAGAGAAGCUGGAGAAGGAGCUGAAGGAACGUGAGGAGCGGGAGGCGAAGUUUUGGGCCAUGGUCGAGCAGAGGGACGAGAAGUUCCGCACCUUUCUGGAAGAGCGUCUGAGCAAGGAUGAGGAGGAAAGAGAGGCGCGACUACGGCGCGACCUCGAGGAUCGUGCGACGCGGCUGCGCAACGAGAGGGAGCUGCGCGAGGAGAUGGACAAGAUGGAGAAAGAGCGGCGCGCCAAGGCAGAGGAGGAGUCGCGUCACCACGAUAGCCUCGUGCUCACGGCGCAGAUAGAGGAGGUGAGCGCUCGGUACCGUGCGCAGCUGGAGGAGGUGAGGAGGCAGAUGGAGGCUGACAGCCUGCGCAAGGACGAGCUACAGAAGGCAGAACUAGGCAUGAUGGCGAAGCGUCACGAGGCUGCGCUGGAGCAGCUGCAAAGGCAGCACGCGCAGCAGCUCGCCACGAUGGAUGGGCAUGUCGGCAACGUUAGUCGUAUCGAGGCGCUGGUGGCAACCAUGCAGGAGACAAUGGAAGCUACGAAGACCAUGAACGAGAAGCUGUUGGCGGAGCGCAUGCCAGUGCUGCAGCAGAAGGAGCGUCAGCUGGACGAACAGCAGGCCGUGCUGGACGCGAUGGUUGCAGAGAUGAAGACAAGCCAGGAGACGGUGGCGGCUGAGCGAGCCCGUGUGGCCGGCCUGUACGCCAAGUUCGAGCUCGCCUUAUCUUCCUUCAGCAAGAACAGCGAGGAGGACCGUCGCACCUUUCGCGAGGCCCACGCCCACUACGACACCCUCCGCCAGCAAGCGGAGAAGGAUCGUCGGCUCAUGCUAGGUGAGGUGGCACAGGAGCGCAAGUUACUAGAGCAGCAGUUUGAAGAGUUCCUCGCGAAGAAGAUGGAGGCGAUGGCGGAGCUGCAGAACGAGCGGAUUGCGAUCGCGCGAGAGCGGGCAGAGGCGUCCAUGGUGCGGGAGCGACAAAAUCGCGACGAGACAGACCUCCUCAAGGCUCUGCGCUCUCGUGAGGAGGAGUACAAGAUGAAGCUGGAGUCCAUCGAGUCUGACUGGGCCACAGCGUGUCACAUAAAGGACGAGCACAAGCGCUUGUGCGACGCCGCGGCCGCAGAGCGCCAGGCACUUCGGCAGGAGCGCGAGAAGUUUGAGGUCGAAAAGAAGGAGCUGCUAAGCCGCUUUGAAGCGAUUCGCCGUCAGGCCGAGGACGCUGCCAGCUCCCAGGAGCGCCUGCGGAUUCAGCUUAUGGGGGAUCGCAGCGACGCCCUUGACGGAAACGGAGCCGCCGUUGGGAUGCUGCGCGGGGGGCCGCUGGUGUGCAAUGCAGCCUCCCGCUUUCAAAUGGAUCUAGCACGACAGCGUGCUGUGCUUCAGAACAUAAGCUGA